GAUUUCUGUUGAUGAUAAACGUGUGGCCUAGAGGCUAACCCUCAUCAUACACAGCGAAUGUCAUCAACUUAAAAAGUGAAAAAAAAUUAAGUGGAUACUAUGUCUUCGUAUCCAAAUAAUCACAACUUAACUUCGCCAUUUCUGGUUAAUAACAUACUGAUGAACCACAAUUCACCCUGGACUGACCAACAAAACAUGCAUACCGGUUUGGACUAUUCUCAUGCCAGUUUUCCGAUGUCAGGAAAUUAUGAUUAUAGAAUGGAUCAGAUCGGAACCAGUUCUUCGUGUUUGUAUCCAGGGAAUACAUCCCCACCGCCAAUGUCAUCGAUGCAACCGACGUAUACGACACUUUCGCCACAGUCAUUACCUAUAUCUGAUGGACCAUCUAGACAUGACCUCGGACAAUACCAUACAGAUUCCCCGGACUCUGGAACAGGAAAACAAGGUGCCUCAGAAACACAACUGCUUACUCCAAAAAGUGAACAAGUAGAAAUGGAUGUUCUUGAAAACCAUCACUCGGCGUCACCAUCUUGUGAAGAAAGCGACAAAGACAACAAAACUACAGAUAAAACACCAGGAGAGUGCCAUUUAAUCCAAAAACAAAGGACCCGAAGAAAGCCACGAGUUCUAUUUUCACAAGCUCAAGUGUAUGAACUUGAAAGGCGUUUCAAACAGCAGAGAUAUUUAUCUGCACCAGAACGAGAACAGUUAGCUAGCCUGUUAAAACUAUCUUCUACUCAAGUCAAAAUCUGGUUUCAAAACAGGAGAUACAAAUGUAAGCGUCAGCGUCAAGAUAAAAGUUUAGAACUUUCAAAUAUGCAACCACCCAGGAGAGUUUCCGUUCCUGUUCUAGUGAGGGAUGGAAAACCGUGUGUCGGUCAGAAUGUCACACCCUCAUACUCGGCACCAUACAACGUUAACCCGUUUGUUUAUUCCUCUCCUUCAUACAAUUCCAUGAAUAGCCACAUGGCCUCAAUGCCACAGAUGACUCAGAUUCAACAGAAUGGUUAUAUGUCACAGCAAUCGCAACAUCCGGGGAUAAGGGCUUGGUGACUAUAUGAAUAGAGAACAAUGAUUGUGACUCCAUGACAAAGUGCAAUAGCCGCUAGUCUGCCAAAACGUUCGUUUUUGAUACUGCCACUUAUUUUUAAUUGUGAUGAUAACUGUUGUGGUCGAAAUCAAAGAACAAAGGUUGAACCGGGAUACUGAUAUUAGAUGUUCAGACUGGACUGGACAAAUAUUUGAACGAAUACGAUAUUUAUAUUGAGAGAAUCCGUUAACAGGAGGAUUUGUUUUGUAUAUUAAUUGAAUAUUAUAAUUCUAAUUUUAAUUCUAUGCAAAGUCCCAUUGUUAAAAUAUCUGAUACCUCAGCUUUCCCAAAACUUUCUUUGAGAUAACAAAAUGAAUUCGAGUUCAUAAAAAACUAAUAAAAUAUGUUUUCUUA